GUGCGUUUAGGCAGUAGGGACGUAUCCGCUCGGGUCUGGAUUUUGCGCACACACACACCCACAGGCCGGACCCAGCGUGCAUGAGUGGAGCUAACCCGGGCUGCCCCCUUGCCUCAAAGAGUCUACAUGUCUAACGUUUAGACAUGUUCAGCUUUGUGGAUGUUCGGUUAGGGCUGCUGCUCGCAGCAACAGCCCUCUUGGUGAGAGGACAAGGCGAGGAUGAUAGCCUGUUCGGUAGCUGUACGCUAGAAGGCCAGUCGUACAAUGACAAGGAUGUAUGGAAACCUGAGCCCUGCCGGAUUUGCGUCUGCGACAGCGGGACGGUCAUGUGCGACGAGGUGAUCUGCGAGGACACAUCCGACUGUGCCAAUCCAGAGAUCCCCGAUGGAGAAUGCUGCCCUAUCUGCCUCGACGACGGACAAACCACAGACCCAAUAAUCCCGGUUGGACCCGUAGGACCAGUUGGACCUAACGGUGACCCGGGUCUCGAAGGUCUUCCUGGUAAUGACGGCAUCCCCGGACAGCCUGGACUUCCCGGACCUCCUGGCCCCCCUGGACCCCCUGGCCUUGGCGGAGGUUACCUGCCCCAGAUCUCUUACGGCAGUGAGAAGUCCAGUGGUCCACCUGUCCCAGGACCCCCUGGCCCAAUGGGUCCCCGUGGACCUCCCGGAUCUGCAGGUUCUCCUGGUCCUCAAGGAUUCACUGGUCCCCCUGGCGAGCCUGGUGAGCCUGGUGCAUCUGGUCCCAUGGGUCCUCGUGGCCCCAAUGGUCCUCCUGGAAAGAACGGAGAUGAUGGUGAGGCUGGAAAAGCUGGUCGUCCUGGUGAGCGUGGAGCCGCUGGUCCUCAGGGAGCUCGUGGAUUCCCCGGAACCCCUGGACUGCCCGGCAUCAAGGGACACAGAGGUUUCCCAGGUCUAGAUGGAGCCAAGGGAGAUGCUGGUAUUGCCGGACCCAAGGGAGAGGCUGGUUCACCUGGUGAGAACGGAGUUGCUGGUGCUAUGGGUCCUCGUGGUCUGCCCGGUGAGAGAGGCCGUCCUGGACCUCCUGGCCCCUCUGGUGCUCGUGGUAACGAUGGAAACUCUGGACCUGCUGGACCUCCUGGACCCACUGGCCCUUCUGGUCCCCCCGGAUUCCCAGGUGGUGCUGGAGCUAAGGGAGAGACUGGCCCCGCUGGAGGACGUGGAUCUGAGGGACCCCAGGGAUCCCGUGGAGAGCCUGGUAACCCCGGACCUGCUGGAGCUGCUGGUGCUGCUGGUCCUCCUGGUGCUGAUGGUUCUCCUGGUGCCAAAGGAUCUUCUGGUGCCGCUGGUAUUGCUGGUGCUCCUGGUUUCCCUGGUGCUCGUGGACCUGCUGGAGGUGCUGGAGCUGCAGGUGCCCCUGGACCCAAGGGUAACACUGGUGAUGCUGGAGCCCAAGGAGCCAAAGGAGAGCCCGGUCCUAAGGGAGAGCCUGGCCCCGCUGGACCUCAGGGUCUUUCUGGACCUUCUGGUGAGGAGGGUAAGAGAGGUGCCCGUGGUGAGCCUGGUGGUGCUGGACCUCUUGGACCUCCUGGAGCUCGUGGCGCCCCCGGCAACCGUGGUUUCCCAGGAACCGAUGGAGCUCCAGGCCCCAAGGGAGCCCCUGGUGAGCGCGGACCUAAUGGACCUGCUGGAUCUCAGGGAGCCACCGGAGAGCCUGGUCGCCCUGGAGAGCCUGGACUGCCUGGAUCUAAGGGUAUGACUGGUGCUCCUGGUUCUCCUGGACCUGAUGGCAAGACUGGACCUACUGGUGCUCCUGGUCAGGAUGGUGCAAGUGGACCCCCAGGACCUGCUGGAUCUCGUGGUGCCCCCGGAGUGAUGGGAUUCCCCGGACCUAAGGGAGCUGAUGGUGAGAGUGGAAAGCCUGGUGAGAGAGGCGUCACUGGACCUACUGGUUCUGUUGGUGCCCCCGGCAAAGACGGUGAUGUUGGUGCUCCUGGUGCUCCCGGACCUGCUGGACCUGCUGGAGAGAAGGGUGAGCAGGGAGGUGCUGGACCUUCUGGAUUCCAGGGUCUGCCUGGAACUCAGGGUGCUACUGGUGAGGCUGGCAAGCCUGGUGAGCAGGGUCUGCCUGGUGAAGCUGGUGUUCCUGGACCUUCUGGCCCCAGAGGUGACAGAGGUCUGCCCGGUGAGCGCGGUGCCCCCGGCCCUGCUGGCCCCAUUGGAGCUCGUGGUUCUACUGGACCUGCUGGUAACGACGGUGCUAGAGGAGAGCCUGGUGCUGCUGGAGCUCCUGGUGGUGUUGGUCCCGCUGGUAUGCAGGGAAUGCCUGGAGAGCGUGGUGCUGGUGGUAUGCCUGGAGCCAGAGGAGACAGAGGUGAUGCUGGACCCAAGGGCCCUGAUGGUGCUGUUGGUAAGGAUGGCGCCCGUGGCCCUGCUGGCGCCAUUGGAGCCCCUGGACCCUCUGGUGCUCCUGGUGACAAGGGAGAGCCUGGUCCCGUUGGAACUGCCGGAGUAACUGGACCUCGUGGUUCUGCUGGUGAGCGUGGUGAGGUUGGUCCUCCUGGACCUGCUGGAUUCGCUGGACCUCCUGGUGCAGCUGGUCAGCCCGGAUCUAAGGGUGAGACUGGUGACUCUGGACCCAAAGGUGAUGCCGGAGCUCCUGGACCUCCUGGACCUGUCGGCGGAUCUGGACCUCAGGGCCCUGCUGGUGCUACCGGACCCAAGGGUGCUCGUGGUGGUGCCGGACCUCCUGGUGCUGCUGGUUUCCCUGGUGCUGCUGGUAGAGUUGGACCCCCUGGCCCCGCUGGUGCUGGCGGACCCCCUGGACCCACCGGACCUGCUGGCAAAGAGGGACAGAGAGGAGCUCGUGGUGAGAAGGGUGCACCCGGCCGUCCUGGUGAGAUCGGAGGUGCUGGACCUCCCGGACCCCCCGGAGACAAGGGUUCCCCUGGCUCUGAUGGAGCUCCAGGCCCCUCUGGUACUCCCGGACCUGCUGGUAUGGCUGGAGCUAAUGGUCUUGUGGGUCUGCCUGGACAGAGAGGAGAGAGAGGCUUCUCAGGUCUUCCAGGACCUUCUGGAGAACCAGGAAAGCAGGGUGGCCCCGGAGCUGUUGGUGAACGUGGACCUCCUGGACCAAUGGGACCUCCUGGACUGAGUGGAGCUACUGGUGAGGCUGGACGUGAGGGUAGCCCUGGUCAUGAUGGUGCUCCUGGUCGCGAUGGCGCUCCUGGACCCAAGGGAGACCGUGGUGAGGCUGGACAUGUUGGUGCUCCUGGAGCUCCCGGACCCCCUGGACCUCCCGGCCCCCUGGGUCCAUCUGGAAAGACUGGUGAUCGUGGAGAGGCUGGUCCUGCUGGCUCUGCUGGUCCUGCUGGUCCUGCUGGUGUUCGUGGUCCUUCUGGCCCUGCUGGUCCUCGUGGAGACAGAGGUGAGGCUGGAGAGACUGGAGACAGAGGCAUGAAGGGACACCGUGGUCUCAGCGGCAUGGCUGGACUCCCUGGACCCCCUGGCCCCCCUGGUGAGCACGGACCUGCUGGACCCACUGGCCCCGCUGGACCUCGUGGAGCCUCUGGCUCAAGCGGCCCCCCUGGUAAGGAUGGAGUGAGUGGAAUGCCUGGACCUGUUGGACCUCCUGGACCCCGUGGUCGUGCUGGAGAGAUGGGAGCUGCUGGUGCUCCUGGUCUUCCCGGACCCCCAGGUCCUCCCGGACCUCCCGGUGUGGGCGAGCCCUUCCCCAUCAUGCCCCAGCAGGAGAAGGCCGCCGAUCCCCUGCGCAGCUACAGAGCCGAUGACGCCAGCGUGCGCGACCGCGACUCCGAGGUCGACACCACCCUCAAGUCCCUUAGCCAGAAGAUUGAGAACAUCCGCAGCCCCGAGGGAACCCAGAAGAACCCUGCCCGCAUGUGCCGUGACCUCAGAAUGUGCCACCCCGAAUGGAAGAGCGGCUCCUACUUCGUGGACCCCAACCAGGGCUCUCCUCUGGACGCCAUCAAGGUCUUCUGCAACAUGGAGACUGGUGAGACCUGCGUACAGCCAACCCUUGGCAGCGUUCCUCUGAAGAACUGGUACCUCAGCAAGAACUUCCGCGAGAAGAAGCACAUCUGGUUCGGAGAGUCCAUGCCCGAGGGCUUCCAGUUCCAGUAUGGCAGCGAGGGCUCUGAUCCUGAGGAUGUGAACAUCCAGAUGACCUUCAUGCGCCUGAUGUCCAACAAGGCGUCCCAGAACAUCACCUACCACUGCAAGAACAGCAUCGCCUACAUGGACCAGGCCUCUGGCAACCUGAAGAAGGCUCUGCUCCUGCAGGGAUCCAACGAUGUGGAGAUCAGGGCCGAGGGCAACAGCCGCUCCACCUACACAGUCAGCGAGGAUGGCUGCACGUCACACACUGGCACAUGGGGCAAGACAGUCAUCGAGUAUCAGACAGCGAAAACAACUCGCCUCCCCAUCAUUGACAUCGCUCCUAUGGACAUUGGUGCUCCCGAUCAGGAAUUCGGUGUAGAAGUUGGCGCAGUCUGCUUCUUGUAAAAACAAAAAUCUGGACAUUAAAAAAAAUGUUGUUUUAUUUCUAAUGGUCAUCUCCGAGUCUUUUUCUAUGCAUUAAACCCCCCCAAACAACUGUCAUUUGGCUGCAGUCGGUCCACUGCUUACGCUCGCGUCUGUGAGGAUUGUGCUCGUUUCGUGAUCUUGAGAGACAUUCUGCUUUUUUCUCUUUUUUUGAAAAUGUUUUUUGAGGACCACUAUGCCAUCCAGCGUCAACAUCACGGACACUUAGGGAGAAUGAUUUUUGGGUCACCUGGCAACAAGAAAAUAAUAUAUAACUGUGCUUGUAAGGUGUAAAAUCACACACAUCCCCCCCACCUUCUCAAAAAAACUGAGAAGAACCCAAACGGUAAUGAAAAUACUGGUGAAUUUUUUUGCCUUUUUUUUACCACUGCAGAAGGACAAUGAAAAAAACAACUACGCUACGUGCUAAUGUACCAUUCUCUGGUGUUGAAUAAAUCUGAAAAAUGACCGUCAAUUGUCUUGUUCUUCUAGCCAAGAAAGGGAAAGCAUUGUGUGACAUAAAACCAAAGGAAAAACUUGUAAUGGCUACCUCAGAACAACCCAAAAAAUCACCCAAAAUACCUGUUGUGGGGUUUUUCGGGGGACUCCUUCCACGCCACACAUACUAGCUAACUAGCUAACUAGCAAAACAAGUGAAAACAAGUGCUUGCUAUAGCUGGCUAGCUAGAACACAAGUAACAGUCAGAAAAAAGGUGCUAAUUUCCUGUGCAGGUCCUGACUGUGGUGUAUAUUGUGUCUGACACUCCUCUUACUCAUUUUCUGUCUUUUUUUACUGUCACUUGUGCUUUUGGGACCUGUUUGGUGCUAACUGUCAACUCGAUGUCUUGUUGUCAAUGUGAUUCCUUUUUCCCAUUAAAGUGUCAGCUGAGGGGAAUAAAAAGCUGAAUGUGACGGUUGCUUAAGAUUUGCACUUAAUCUGACGUGAGUUAAGUACGUGGACAGUUUGCCAUUUUCUUAUCCAAGGCUUUGCCCCGCCCCCUGCCCCCAACUGUUCAUUCCCUCCACACACUCAUACUGCAAAACUGCAAUGCACACCUCCUUUCAUUUUUGCUUUUAUUUUUAUUUUUUGUUUUUUUUGUUUUCUUUAUUUUCUAAGAAAAAAAAAAUGAAAUGAGGCGGCAUAUGAGAAAAAAAGACCAAAAACCCACAAACGAGACACUUUAAUGGUUUCAACCAGAGGAUCUGUACUUAUUUUGUACAUGUAUAAUAUUUCAAGAUGUUUUUAAUUAUUUUGGAUGCUGAAAUAAAGCAUGUUUUAAGUGGUCA